GGAAAAGGUUUUGUUUCCCUCAGGAAUGGGAAUCUAAAUGCGACCACAGCUCACGUUAUCUUUUGUUUUCAGUUGUAGGUAUUAAGUGUUUAUCUAAUCUCCUGUGGGAAAGCAGCUAUUGCACGUUUCUCUCGUAUUAUGCUGAAGAAGCAGGAUUUUUUUUUUAAGCAAUCUGGGCAGAUGCAAAGAUUAUCGCCACUUAUGUGUGAAGACAGGUGCAGAUGCAGGCUUGGAUUGUGCAAUGGGGAGAAAAAAGAAGUUGAGUUCAGCAUAAUAAGGAAGAUUUAAACAGAGGUUGCUGUAAAAAGGGGCUGCUGUUGUGUGAUUAUGAAACCAUAGCUUAGAAGUGUCCACCCACGCUGAACGAGUAAUUGAACACAAAAAGUCACAAAUGGGAGAACAGCAGGAGAAGGCUUUUCUUUAGCAGGGAAACUGCCUUAACUGCCGUUGAAUUAUUUUGAUAUGUGAAUGGAUAUAGAGAUAUUUUCAUUGCCAACAAAGAAGCUAGGGCAGAAUUUAAGUUGCCUGGUGAUAUUUUGUUGCCUGGUUUAACACAGAACUUGGCAAAGCUCAAACUGAUUAAAAAGGUGGGGGAUACAACAUUGAGGUACGUAUAGCAUAGUGUUUAUGCCUCUUAAGGCUGACAGGAUCUGUUAAUCAUUAUUUACUCAUUCUAGUUACAUUUAUUUUGUUGGACAUAAAUGAAUAAGAUGGUGGAUUAGCUGAGGCAUCUUAAAAGACAUAAGACUGUGAUACAAGCAUAUGUGGGGGGAAUCAGUCACUUCAGUAACAUGGAAAUAAUUUUUGAUUUCAGUGAUGGACAAGUGAAAGGCUAGAAAUCCUGUGUGUAGGAGUGGAGAUUUGUAAAAAGCAGUCAUAAAAUCUUGCAGAUGCAGUAUUUCUGUGGAGAAGAUUUGCGUAUGUGAAAGCUCAGGCACAUGCCCAAAUUACUUCUUGUCUGCAGAGUUGAGGUGUUUGAAGGUGUGUACUCCUGCUGUGGCUAAGACGCUUUGAAACAAGUUAUCUCAGGCUAAAAUAGAUUACCUUUGUGAUGGGUUUGCAGCAAGCUUUGUGAGUUAAUGUGGAUCACCAACCAUCCCUUCAUAACUUGUUGAAACAAAGUAAGCUCAGUUACCUGUCAGAGGUUUCAGUGUAGCUCAAGUUCUGACAAAGAGAAGGUUGAAGAGUCUGUCCCACAGUGCCGUGUAUCUUGCCCUUGGAAUGUUCCUGUGUAUUUUUUGCAAGGUUAGACUGGAAUAUUCUAUCUUUUGGACUAUUGAUCAAAGAUACCGGACAUCACAAGCCUAAAUUCUGCCAUUUCUUGCCUUCCAACUCUUUUUGUAUUUAUCGACUUGAGGUUGCAAUUUGAUUUGAGCUCAGGAGUUGCAUGGAGUGCUGCUUCUACAGAUCCUUCUCCAACUUAGUGGAUUUUAAUCCAUGAGGUGUUAAUUCAAAAAGUAAUGACAAAGGAACAGGGAAGAAUUAAAACAAACAAACAACUGUAAAUAGCUGAAUCCUCAAACGGUAGAAAUUACUGUCUUUCUGCAAGUCCUACAUGCAUUGUAUGUUGAUGAAUGCAUGCCCCACUUCAGAACAACACUGGCAUAUUGUCACACUUACCCAAAUGUAUAGAGUUAAAACUCCUAAACCUCAUUAAAUAAAAAUAAAUAAAAUACAAUCAAGUAGAAAAAGGAGAAGACAUAAAAGCAAAUAAGCUUUAUUAGAAGGAAGGCAGUAGCUAAGUGAAGCAGCUGGAAUCACACUGAAGUCACUCUGAACUCUACGGAUCACUUCAUUCUUCCUUCUGCUACAGAGCACAUAUCUCUGAAUUAGUGUGCUUCCUUCUGAAGAAUAAAGAAGAACGCAGCUGUGCAACAUGACAUUUGAAGAUUUUGAGAACUACUCUUAUUUCUAUGACCUGCCUGAGGAAGAAGAAUCACCCCAGUCCACCCUCAGCAUUGCCCAUAUGAUUUCCCUUUCCUUUUACAGUGUGGCAUUUCUAUUGGGAGUCCCAGGUAAUGCCAUUGUCAUCUGGUUUAUGGGCUUCAAGUGGGAUAAAUCGGUCUCUACACUCUGGUUCCUCAAUCUGGCCAUUGCAGAUUUCAUUUUUGUUCUCUUUUUGCCCCUUUAUAUCACGUACGUAGCAAUGGGCUUCCACUGGCCUUUUGGGAAGUGGCUGUGUAAAAUGAACUCAUUCAUUGCACUACUUAAUAUGUUUGCCAGUGUUUUCUUCCUGACAUUCAUCAGCCUGGACCGCUACAUCCGCCUAGUCCACCCAGUUUUUUCCUACAAGUAUCGGACUAUAAGGAACACCCUCAUUCUCAGUGGGAUCAUUUGGGUAUCGGCUGCAGUUAUUGGUGGCCCUGCCUUAUACUUUAGAGACACAGCUACAGUUCUCAACAAUGUCACCAUUUGCUACAACAACUUCCACGUGCAUGAUAGAGAACUCAUUAUGCUGAGACAUCACAUUCUAAUUUGGGUGAGGCUUGCAUUUGGUUAUCUCUUUCCUCUAGUGACCAUGGUCAUUUGCUACUCAUUGCUGCUCGUUAAAGUGAAGAAGAGAACUGUCUUGACUUCGAGUAGGCUUUUCUGGACCAUUAUUGCUGUAGUUGUAGCUUUCUUUCUUUGCUGGACACCAUAUCACAUAUUCAGCAUUGUGGAGCUUUCUGUUCACCAUGAUGAAAACUUGCACGACUUAUUGCAGGAUGGCAUUCCCCUCUCCACUGGCCUUGCUUUCAUCAAUAGUUGCCUCAAUCCAAUCCUCUACGUUCUCAUCAGCAAGAAGUUCCAGGCCCAGGUCAAGACAACAGUCUCUGAGGUGCUAAAAUUGGCACUGUGGGAGGUGAGCCGCUCAGGAACUGUCAGCGAGCAGCUGUGGAGCUCAGAGAACACCCAUGCACCUGUGCACUAUUGCGAAACUGCUCAGUGACAGCUUGUCACCAUCCGUCUCUGAAAUAGCUGACAGAUUUGGAGGUGUAGUUGACUUCACAUCUGCCAGUCAGAUGUGUGUCUUUGCAAAUACAGUUUUAGAUAAACAGCUGGCUUAACUGUGCUUGCUGCUUUCCUUUAAGUGUUUUUAAAGGACACAUCAUUUGGGCGUGGUGUGGUUGCAAUGUGGACACCCUUAACUGAAAGUUGUCAGCGUAAGUGGAAUUGCUUUAACUGGGUUUUUGAUCAGGAACAUUGUUGUAAUCCUGUUGUUUUGUGGUUCUAUAGCUUAUUGAUAUUAAAAUAACACACAAAAAUAUUCCCCUGAUCCUCACUAAUAGCACCUUUGAUCUAGGCAUCCUCCUCCAAGAGGUCAUGGCCAUACAUUAGUGGCUUGUGAGUGUUCUGACUAUCAAGUAUUGUUUAAAGUAGGAACCACCUGGCUCCAUCCCAGCCUAGUGAAGUUGUCAGUAGCUCCGCUCUGCAAUCAGAGAAGUGUCCCAGGACAGAGAAGACUAACUUGCUGCCUUCUGUUAUCAAGAGAAACAUAGAAAUAAAGUAUUUUCUCCCAUUGUUCUUUGCCUUAUACUCAAAGCUAUACCAGGAGGCUGCUGUUUCUGGUCCCUUAUUCUUGUGCUCUUAAUACUGGUUGGGUACAAAAUACAGAGUAACUGUUUCAUAUAGGAUUUUGGCUCAUUUGAAAUCUGCAAUUAACAGAAAUGGUUCCCAAAGAAUUUGAGAUGUCCAUAUCACAAAUUGUUUUUCUACGUUUAAGCUUUCAGGUUUAGAGAGGUUUACAAUUAUUAGUUGCUCUCUACUUGUCUUGCAAAGAAAGUUUAAGAAGUUGUAUUUUGAGCAUUUUGAACAGUUGAACAUUUUGUCUUAAUGCUAAUCUUCUAAAAAAAAAAAAUCAGUGAAUUGAAUUCAGUGACGUUAAGUGAAUUCAACAAUAUUAUUUGACAAGUCUGUAAUCUGUCCAUUCCUGUAAGAAACAGGCAGCAGUCCCAGUUGUAUUAUAUUCUGUUUGAACCUGUUGCCUGCUGUAGAAUCACACAUGCACCAAUGCAAAUAUACAUGCUGAGUGAACCAAUUUCUGAGGCAAUACCACUUAACUAAGGAGCUGUACAUGGAUAAAACUCUGCUAAAAGUAAAAGCAUAAAGCUUUAGGUAAAUGCAAACUAGUUUUUCCUUUGUUACUGACCUAAGUAUCUAGAGUAAAACUGCCUUUCAGAUAAUCUACAUGCCAACACUCGUAAGUAGCAUUCAUACUUUAAAUUAGGUCUUAUAUGCGUAUAUAUUUUAUACAAAAGCAUAUAUAUGUGCAUGGAUGAGCACAUCCAGAAUUGGUCGCUGUACAAAUAGAAACUGUCUGAUUGUGGUCUGUAACUGUUUCUUUGGGCUCUGGUCUGAAUUUGGAAGAAUGAGGCAGGAUCAGUGGAAUUUCGAUGUGUUUAACUUUGGGCUGGAAAGUUGGUAAGCAGCAUUCUUCCCUGAGUCAUUUGCUGCCUGGUACAGUGACUCAAUGUUUUGAUACCAUGCAGCUAAAUGUGCCUACAUCAACUGCUUGCAGUUUUUCUUCACAUAUUCCGACAUCUUUCUAAGAAUGAUGUGUUAGCACUCCUUUCCUGACUGUACUCCAAGUGGAGUAAUAAAAUUGUUGUUUCCAAA